AUGACGAUGCUCCGAGCAAUAGCAGCCUUUGUCCUCCUUCAAUGCACCUGCAGCGCCCUCGCCCCCGCCUCCGGGUACGACUUUGGCGUUGACGUCUCCCCGCUGACCCGUCGGCAAGACGCAGCCGCCCCCAUCGUCGUCGGCAAGCUGCCCCUGGCGCUCGACGGCAGCAUGCCCAAGAGGCUCGAGGUUCGACAGCUGAAGGCAGACCAGCACAAGUGGGAUCUCUUCAUACUGGCCCUCAGCAUGCUCCAGUAUGCCGACCAAGACGACCCCCUCUCGUGGUACCAGAUUGCCGGCAUCCACGGCGUGCCCUUUCAGCCCUGGAACGGGGUACAGGCGGCCCCGGGCGCCAACCAGUCGGGCUAUUGUACUCACAACUCGGCUCUCUUUCCCAUGUGGCACCGGCCGUAUAUGGCCUUGUUUGAGCAACAAAUGUUCAAGAUGGCCAACACGAUCGCCACCAUGUUCACCAACCAAACGCAGAGGCGGCUGUAUCAGCAAGCGGCGACAGACUUUAGGGUUCCUUACUGGGACUGGUCCAGAGGCGCUCCCCCGGGGGAAACUCAUCUGCCAGACAUCUUUUGGAACCCCGUCAUGGUCCAGGACGGGCCGAACGGAGUCCAGACCAUCAAGAACCCCCUUUACUCGUAUCAAUUCCACCCGCUUGAUUCCGAGGCCUUCAUUUGGAACCCGUUGAAGCAGUGGAACGAGACGAAAAGGGGCCCAGACACGAGCGUAAGCCUGGCUGCUCCCCCAUCCAACAAUGAAAAGGUCAACGCCGUGCUGCUUUCCAAGCUGCCCGAGAUCCAACAGCGUCUCUACGUGCUCUUCUCCAAUUACCACGACUUCAACUCUUUUAGUAACAAGGCGUGGGCGGUGUCCAAAGGCCUGCCGGCGCUCGACUCCGUCGAAGCAAUCCAUGACAUCAUCCACCUCUACGGGGGGUCCAAGGGACACUUGACAUAUGUCCCGCUCUCUUCGUUUGAUCCUCUAUUCUUCCUGCACCACACCAUGACGGAUCGCCUUGUCGCCAUAUGGCAGAUUCUUAAUCCGUCGGCCUGGAUCACCCCCAUGGCCGCGGGUGAGACAACCUUCACCGCCAUCAAGGGCACCAUGCAGUCCUCGGCCAGCCCACUCACGCCGUUUUACGCGUCUCCGGACGGCACCUUCUGGACGUCAGACACGGCGAGAAUGACAGAGGCUUUUGGCUAUGUCUAUGCCGACACGGAUCCGACGGUCGGCUCGGCGCAAGAUCUUCGCCAGUCGCUCAUCAAGAAGAUCACGGAUUGGUACGGACCAGCCAGUCCCGUGGGCUUGCUGGCCAACUCUCAGCGCGCCGGAGAAGCAAGCCGCGCGCAGGGAGAUGCAGGGAAGGACCAUGUUCACGGAGAGGGUUUUGAUCCACACGUCAAGCUGAAUGCAGACGAGUCAAUUGGCUCGGGGACUGUCCGGGGCGGUAGCUACACGGAAUGGGUCGCCAAUGUGCACGUCAACGUGGAGGCGCUCGACGGGUCCUUUGGCAUUCACUUCUUCCUCGGAACACCGCCGGCCGACGAGGGUGAAUGGGAGACGGCGCCGAAUCUGGGAGGGUCGGUGGGCGUGUUUGCCAUGAACCGCAUGACGGGGUCGCAGUCCAAGAUAUCGGGCGCGGUGCCUCUGACGUCGGCCCUUGUGCGAAUGGUGGCGACUGGGGCGCUGGCAGGUCUGGACCCAGCCGCGGUGACGCCGUUGCUCCGAUCAUCCUUGCAGUUCCGGGUACUCGGGAGCGACGACCGCGAGGUCGACCCGCGACUGGUCGAGGGGCUCUACAUCGGCAUCAGCAGCUCGGACGUCAAGGUACCCGAAGAGCAGUUGGAGUUGCCCGAGUGGGGACAGGCGGUGACAAGGCUUGAGCUGUGGGUGUGA